AUGAACUAUAAUCCUGAGGAAGCGGCCAAAACGCUGCGAUGGAUUCGUUUGCUCCCCCAACCGGUAGAUGCGUCCAGCAUGCUGGUGACCGCAGCCAAUAAAAUCCCGAAACACAUCGAAUCCGUGGAUGCGGAACAGUAUGCUUCCUAUCUCAGUGAUGGUCUGGCAUUGGGCUAUCUAAUGUCGGCUCUCGAUCCGGGCAUGUUGGCCAAACUGCAAGCGAUGAAAACGUNAACGUGGCAAAAACCAUUCUUCCCAUAUAUGGAACAAGUGUUGCAGACCAAACGAAUCGAAGUCUUUCUCCAAUACGCCAAAGCAGUCGGUGUGGAUCCGGCUCUGCUGUUCACACCAGAAGAUUUGCGUUCGAGACGAAAUAUUGGCAAAGUGGUAAGCUGUAUCACAGAUCUGGGCAUACUGACUCAAAACAAACGAGGAUACAACGGACCGGAUGAUUUUUGGCCAUAUAAAUGA